AUGCAAAUACGCAACUUUCUAGAUUUGACAUCAUCUCUUUUAAAACAGAAGUUGACAUAUAGAACUGCAAAUAGCAGUAGGAGAAGAUACAUAUCCAAGGAGAUAGCAAAACUUGGGAGAGGGAACAUCAGUGCUCAGAUCUUUACAUUCAGAGAGCUCUGUGUUGCCACCAAGAACUUUAACCCUGAGAAUCAGCUCGGUGAGGGCGUUAAGCAGCUAGAUAGGAAUGGCUACCAAGGGAACAGAGAGUUCCUUGUUGAAGUCAUGAUGUUAAGUCUCUUACAUCAUCAAAACAGAUAA